AUGAAAGCAUAUGCUGAACAAUUACCUAUUGAAUUAUGGCUAUCAAUAUUUUCUUAUAUAGAAGUUCAUGAUCUUUUCCAAGCUUUUUCUAAUUUAAAUAAUUAUUUUGAUAAAUUACUUUCUUCCAAACAUCUUUUAUUAUAUGUUCAAUUAGGAUCAACAACAAAAAAUAAUAAUUCAAAAUUUAAUCAAUCUAAUUUUAAUUGGUCUAAUGAAAUACUUGAUCGUAUAAUUUGUAUUCAAUCAUUUUCUGAAUAUGAAUCAAAUGAUCUUUUUCAAUUUCUUCAAUCUUAUUCGAAAAAACUUAUUCAAUUAAAAUCAUUAAUAAUUCAAGCAAGUAUACAAAACAUUCUAUCAAAUUGUAAUAUAUUAGAACAACUUCAUUCACUUCAUAAUAUUUCUCUAACAUGUAUACCAUUUCAAAAAUUACUUGAAACUAUUCUUAUUAUACCAACUCUUCGUAUAUGUCGAUUAAAAUUUUGGCGACCUAUAUCAAUUAUUAAUUAUCAUUCAGGUACAAAUAGUAAUAUUGAAAUACUUUAUAUAAAACUUUUAGAUGAUCCAAAUCAUUCAAUUUUUUAUUUACUUUUAUCACAUAUGCCAAAAUUAAAGUAUCUUGAAAUUGAAAAAUAUUCUUCUGUACAAUUAUUCAAUCAAGAAUUAUUUAUUCUUAAAUAUCUUCAAAUAUUGAAAUUCAUUUGGAAUCAUCGUCAAUAUAAAUCAGAUUAUUUUAAAUAUUGUCAUACAAUUGUACCAUAUCUAAAAAGUUUAUAUCUUACUAUAUAUUAUAUUCAAUUUAAUGAAGAAUUUAAUAAUAAUUUAAUUGAUUUUUUAUGGACAUUAUUAAAAAAAAUGAAAUCAAUUAAAAUUAUCAUUCUCUGUAAUCAAUUAAUGACAACAGUCAACAAUUCUAUAGAGAUAAAAUUAGAUACUUAUUGUCAAAUGCUAUCAUUUGAAUUAAAUAAUCGAUCUGAUGCUAAGUUUUACAUUAAAUGGACUGAAGAAAAAGCACGUCAACAUAGAAUUCAAAUUAUUUCUCAAUAA